AGCUCAUGAGAACAAAAUGGCGGACUUGCGAAUAGCAUGUGCCGUUGCGAAUUUUACGCCAAUAAGUAGUAUUGUAAUUCAUAGGGAAACACGGAAUUGAUAGUAGUGAUGCCUUGGUUCUUCCCUUGGUCGGACUUCAUAAAGAAAAGGGCCUGUAGGUAUUUAUUACAGCAUUAUCUCGGCCAUUUUCUGCAGGAAAAGCUAACGUUAGACCAGCUGACUGUGGAUCUUUACAAUGGAACCGGAAGAGUGGAUAAAGUUCCUCUUGACGUUUGGGUAGGUGAAGUCAGUUUAUAGAUAAAAUGGAACAAAAUCUGGUGUCUUUACACGUUUAUGUAAUAAGAUUUCAUAAACAGCAUAAAACAAAUUCACCUAAAUUGACCUUCAUACAUCACUUAAGCUUACAGGUAAUUUCAAUUUAUUUUGUCCAAUCCGAGAUCGUUUAUAAAUACAAUCAUGUAAGAGUUCAGCUUACAUUGUUUUUUUUUCUUGUGGCAUUUUAGUUUUUAGAUAGAUUUCUUACGUCAGUUUUAUCUUGUAUUAUGCUAUGGCUUGUGCAGGGUGAACUUAUUUUUUUAAAAAAUUUUUUGUAAACAUUGCCUCGUUAUAUGGGAUAUGCAGUGCCAAAAAUUGUUCUUUGCGUGUAUACAGCGACAGUUGGUAUAAGGUUUAAAAUAUUUAUAUCAUAUUAAGCUUUCAGUACAAUAUGCACGAUGAGAUAUUCAGUUUUACAUUUUAAGCAUACACUCAGAAAGAGCAUCAGAAAUACAUUUAGGGGGCUUGUAAAUUUUAGUUUAUUUAACCCAUUCGCCCCUGAACCGCCUGUAACCGCCUGUGCGGAUCCACGCCCUUUCUACCCUUUGUGAAUUCAUCAGUUUUAACUGUCAAGGACAACUUUGUCCACUAACUUGUGCAGAGUGAAGAGAUCUUUCAAACCAUACCAGAAUGAGCACAAUUCAGUCAAGGACACCGGAGAAAGAAGGAAAAAACCAUGUGACAUUGACCUGAAAAUCUCCAUGAAAAUCUUGUUCCAUUGCUCAUCAUCUUUUCACCUAAUCCUAAGAUCCUAAAAGCUUUCCUGAAAACUCUUCCCACCAAAACAAAGCCUACUAAAUGCCCAGCGAGAGAAAAAAAAAAUGAGGCAAGAAAAGCGAAAACAGAGGGGAGGAGAGAAAGCUACAAGUAAAAGUCAAGACUGCUGUGUCACUUUUAAACCCAAAAACUAUCUCGAAAUUUUGCUUUCUGCGCAUGCACGAACUUCGCAAGCUGAUAUUUUGCAUCUGGAUCAGAAGGCCGCGAAGUGUACGACCUGUAAACCGGUUUGUGGUAAGUUUUAGCUCUUUAUAGCACGACAGUGACCAGAAAACCACUCGACUAGCUUCAAACCACUUUUUUCGGCAAAAUCUCCAAGAGUGAAUGAGUUAAGAAGUCAACAACAAGUUUCCAUGGUCUAUAUUCUUAGAAACCUUAGAUAUGGUGUCAAAACAUUUAUGUUCGAAUUGUAUGUGGAACCUCAACCGACACUGCAAAAUUUUGAACAUUUUGAUGCCAUUUCUAUUAUCUAUAAGAGGUAUAUUAGACCAAAUGGAAAAUAUAAUUAUGUCUAUUUAAUGUUGCAAUAAUAACAUUGACAGUUUUCAACUUCCCUUUUUGUUGAAGUUUUUUUUGGAAAAUUGUGCAAAAGACUAAGAAAAACAAAUUGCGCGGCCAUCCUUUAAUUUCCAUGGUCUUUUCUCUCAUCAAUGAGAGCUUUCAACCAAUCAACUCAUGAGAAAUUUUUCAGUUAUUGUAACAAAUGCAUUAGUAGCUGUGCCUCAGAAUUGCAAAGGCUAUGCUUGUGUUUAGCAAACUGGUUUGCUGCCGAUUUAGAUAACAGGCACUUCAGUCAAACAAAUUAGUGAUUAUUUGACUUGAGUUCUUGUAAGCUAAAGUCACCAGAGAAGGCCCUUUAAGUACACUUCCAUAGUAGCAGACUUUGAAAUGUUAAUUUAUUUUUACUUACACCUGUUUCACAUUUUUUCAGUCUGUAAAUGAGAUGUUAGACAAUGCUGGUAUUCCACUGGAGAUCAUUGAUGGAUUCAUUGGUAGUAUCUCAGUUUCAGUCCCAUGGACAGCUCUUCUCAGUGAAAGCUGCUGUAUGGACAUUCAGGGUCUUGACAUUACCAUUGCACCAAAGCAAAGGAUUGAAACAGGUUUGAAUUAAGUUCACCAUAGCUAUACAGUAGAUACCUGUAAUUUUGUUUGUUGGCUAUUAUUUUCUAAUCAACCUUCAUUUACACAACAUUUGUCAGUCUUUUACUUGGAAAUCUGGUCCUGUUUGUUCAAAAGUUGGAUAGCACUGUCCAACAGGGCUGAGUCAACCAUUUAAAGCUGGGUUAAGAUAACCCAGGGUUAGUGCGAAAUUUGAAUUCAGAUAUGAGAGCUUAAAAAGAAAAUUCAGUUUAAUUCUUUUCGUCUACAAUUUGAUGAUAGAACACUCCAAAAGGAACAGAGGAAUUAUCUGAGAAAGUGCUAUUGAUAAAGAGAAAAAGACACCUGGGUUAAAAUUUAACCCUGCGUUAGUGCUAAUCAGCCUUCGAACAACUGGGCCCAGAUAAAUUGCUUUUCAGUGGAUACGUAUUACGAGAUCCAAUUGCAUUAUCCACUGGAUAGUGAUUUCUCCAGUACAUUAAAGUGCUAUCCACCUUUUGAACAAGUGGUGCCUGAUGCUUCUUUUUCUCUGGGUUGUUUAUCACUUUUUAUGUGGUAAAUACAGUCAAAAGGCUUUGCACUAGUUGUAAAUGCACUUAGAAGGUUUUGUAUGUCUAAAUUGGGUGUUCAAGCUGAGCUUGUCCCAUUUUUGUGCUUAAAAAAAGGAUUUCUUGCUUGCAUAAUAAUAUGUUAUGUAACUCAAUGGUGCAUCCUAAGUUGUUUGAUUACCAUUGAUACUGUUUUGCAUAGGAGGAAGUAUGACUGAUUCUAUGAUAUGGAAUGCUAUGACCACAAGCAUGCAGCUGGCACAAGAAUGUUUGAAGGAAGGUCCAUCUACAGGGGAAGAACAAGCAGAAGCUAGUCCACCAUUUGAGGGUCUAGAGUCCUUUGCUCAAACCAUAGAAUCUGGUAUGUACAUUAUUAUUAGUGUACACGUAUUUCAAGUACAAUUAUUAUUGUGAAAUUGCUACCUUCCCAUUGAUCAUAUCCUCUUCCCAGCUCGGAAAAAAAAACUCGAAUUCCAGCAUGUCCUUUGGGCAUGCAGCUCUCGCAUUUUUUGUUUGCCUGGGACAACUACUUGCUUGACUUAGCCAAUGAUUUAGUUGGAAGAUAACUUGCCUGGUCUCCCUUGCCCAUCAGGCAAGUGAGCUGUAACAGUACACCCGGCAGCUACUGUUCCAGGACAACCAGACUUUGAGCCCCACUUCCUGGAAUUUUUGUUCUUUAAUCUGAAAAUUAUGCCUUGUGGUUUUUCACUGUUGGUAGUGUAGGUAAUUUCUUUCUAUUUUAUUUUAGUAGCUGUAUUGACUAGUGUUGGAAAUCAGCUGAGAUUUCAUAAUAAUAAUAUUAUUGAUUAUCAGAAAUACAAUAAUCACCCUUGAUCACUGCUUAUAAUAAUAAUAAAUCCAUUUAUAUGUGAUUUUGUGCAAGUAAAAGUAAUUUAAUUUGAAGGUAAGUUUUUCCUUAAUAUGCCUAAUCAAAUGUAAAUGAAACAAAACCCUCACAGACCAAUAUAGAGAAUAAGGAGUCCAUUAAAAACACAACACCCGAUUGUUGGUAAUCUUUUUUGUGAACAAUAAUUUUUUUUGUUUUUCUACAACUUACAGUGGAUUGAAAAUUUUCCAUGAUUGAUUAUCACCUUGCCUAAGGUUUUGAUCUGUUAUUGAUUGCAAAUAAGUAGCUGCACACCACUAGUACUACACUGUCCCUAUAAAAAUAAAAUUACUGGGGAAUUUGGCAGGACUAAGUAACCUUUUUAUAAGAGAGGGUUGGCUGUUAUAAAGUGAAGUUUACAUUAUUAAAGAGCAGUUUUCUUUUAUUAUCAUAUGUUAAAGUACACAUACAAAUGUGUCUCUUAAUAAUAAUUAUUUGCAGUGUUGGCAAGAGUGAAGCUUUCCUUUACAGACACUGUGAUUAGAUUUGAGCAUUUACCCAGAGACACAAAAACAGGAAUAGGAUUAGAAAUACACAUUAAAAGGUAAGUUAAGUCUCUGUUGGAGCCUCAGUAGUAGCCUACAGUUGCCAUAAAAAUCGAUAAUAAAGAAAUAAUAAAAAUACAAGCAACCUACAAGUCGGAUGCUAAAAGUCAUAAACUGCAUGUACCUUUGUGUGACCUGCUAACAGUUGUACAGCAUAUCCAUUGUAAAGCUUGCAGAGUUAUCAAAUGAAAGCUAUUAUAAUUCUCCAUUAAAAUUUAACCUGUCCUUUAACUGCAGAAUUGACUACUCGGACUUAUCAACAGAGCUUGCGGAGAGGGAUAGUCACUAUAAAGCCAAAAGUGUCUAUGAGCCUGCAGCUUGUGCUUGCAAGAAUCUCAAGAUCUUUGGAGUUUCUGUUCACUUAGAUGAAUUCCCAGAGGAGUCUAGAACCAUUCGACAAGUUCCAGAUUAUUCUUAUUCACCACCACCCUCCCCUGGUAGUGGAUCUUCAUCUCCACCUCUCCACUACCCCCACAGUUCUCUUGAGGGAGUGUCCAUGUCAGCUGAGCAAUUCCGCAGCCCUCCUCUCUCAGGGGUGCUUUCACCGCCAAUCAAGGUUGCCACAUUUGCUGGUCACUCAGAAAUCAAAUUGAAACUCAAGCAGAAUUCUGCUGUACCAGGACCCAGGGUGAGUUUGAAAAAACUGCUAAAUUACAAUGUAUGUUAAAAUUGCAUUAAAACCUAGUUUGAUGCAGAAAAUGAAUGCUUUCAUAAACUAAACUUGACUGUUUGUGGAGUCAUGUUUUUCAGAGAAAUGCAAACAGUUUGUAAACGAAAUCAAUAACCUUGACCCGUGGGUACUUUGCACUAGAUGGUUUUUGUGAAAAGGACGUCUUGUCCUAACAAAUGAAAAUAGUUAUCAAGAAAUCUUGUCUUUGUGUACAACCAUGACUGUACAGUUGAGUGGAGUAGUCGCUACAGUAGGUCAUGUUUGUGGCUGGUAUAUUUCCAAAACUUUAUCCCCAGCACUAACUUUUUUGUCUUAAUUAAUAUUUUUAAACCAAGUUAAAUUUUUUUCCUUUCACAGCAGUCAUUGGUACAUGUAUUGGUUCAGAGACAAAAGAAAACUUGAUAAAAAUAAUUUCUUAUCAAAAAUAAAUUCAGCUGGAUUCCAUGACUUAUCUUGUUAAUUUUAUGGAAUAUAUGUGCAUUUAGUAGCCCCGGCCUGAAAUGAGCCUUGUGCUAACCUUUAUGUAUAACAGCUGGUCUGCCACAAGAUAUAAUUCUGUGCAAUGUAAUAAAUUUGUAACUUAUCAAUCUUUUUGCUUUUACUAUAAGUAAAUAGAUUUUAUUUGAAAUGGCUUAUUUUUCAGAUGGAUUUUGAAUGCUUUAUUGGAACACUGAAUGUAUUCCUGUCUCCUAGACAAGUUCACUUGCUCACAGAAUUAGCAAGUGGUUUUUCAUCUCCAGGUUUGUUUUGAGGCAAUGUGACAUGAGGUCUUUUUCUUUUUGCUCACUUUACUAUCUGUAAAGAAGAUAAAGGACCACCUAUAGUUAAGGCAGAAUUAGAAAAAAGCUGCUUGGUUGACACUCACUUCAUUCUCUGGUUGUAUUUUAUUUAACUGUAUUCUAUAACUGUUGACCACACUGAUCCAUAGUUUGCACAUUUUCAAUACUUCGUUAUUACAAUAUUGUGCCUUUUUUUUGCUCAAUUCACAUUUGGUGAUCCUUCAACACAUAGAGUCUUACGUAUUUAUUUAUUUAUUUAUUUAGUCUUAUGUAUGUGAUUCUUUUGCAGGAAUAAUUUGUUCAUUCAUUGAUGUCAUACGUUCUGCAAGAAUUAACAAUCAACAACUUCCUUUCCCUGAAUAAUAAAGAUUAAAAAUCUCUGCACAGCGUAGUUACUUUAUGUUAAGUUGAAAGUUAUAAAAUCUAUUCUGUAAGAAGAUCUUAAACUGACGUUUCAGCAAUGCUGCCUUCUUUGGGCUACAAAUCGAUGACAUGAGCUAAUUUAACAAAAUUUUUAAUGGUCAUUAGUUUUGUACCCUGAAGAAGGCGGCAUUGCCAAAACUUCGGUCCAAGAUUUUCUUACAGCAUGGAUUUUUUAACUUUCAAAUGAACUUCCAUGACUGACUACCAUGGAAACAGGUGUUGACCAGAAACCUGUAAUUAUUUUAAUUGCUUUGAUUGGUAGAAAGGAAUCUCAAAAAUCUAUUUCCUUUUUCUUCUAGAUGUGGCUGGUCCUACCACUGUAAAAGGGCACUCAGUCAAUAAACCCAUGCAACCGGAAGACUACCAAAAAAUAGAACAAGACUUACAGAACCAGCUUAUGUCUAAAAAACAGCAAGAACAAAGACAUCAACAGGGACAGCAGAGGGUGGACUCAUGGAAUUUUAACUUUGACUCUUGUUUGUCAAAUGACAUACUGUCCCAUUCCCCCUCAGGUGCUGAAUAUGACAGCAUCUUAGAGGAGGGGGAGGAGGAAACUUUCUUUUCAAUGUCAUCAGUUCACGAUGUGCUCCCUCCUUUAGAGGAACCUGUCUUGCCAGCCGACAUGCUGGUAAUAAAUCGGUCGCUAUCGGGAAAUCUGCUCCAGUCACCAGAAUUCUCUCCUUUAGGAAGUCUACAGUCAUCGCCUUAUAAUUUCACGAACACUAUACCAUGUGAUAAGAGAUUUGUGAGUCCAAAAAUUCAGCCCCAAGGUAAGCCCUGGGAUUAUUAUGAUCAUGAUACUACUUUUACAUGGAUGGUGAGAUGUUUACCCUAUUUUUUUGCCCUGAACUCUCACUGAAAAUGUUGUAGCCAGUUAAAAGUAUGUCGGUUGUUUUCUGGUCAUCAAUAAGACAUUAAGACUAUCCAAAAGUCUGUUACCAAUUCAGAAACUACGCGUUUUUUUUCUUUCUGGUAAAAAAUACCUGGAAAGUUUAGCCCUGAAAAAUAUAUGUACUGUAGUGUGUUUUAAAAAUGUUAGACGACAUUCAAGUGCUGAGGGUCACUUGAGUCACUCAUUUUGCCAGAGUUUGAGAACAAUUAUUAUUUUUGAACCUAAUAUAAGGCAGAGUGACGGCGACCAUUUGGCCGGUAUAUUGAAUACAGGUAUUGUAGGAAAUAUGUGUAGUUCUGUAGGUACAUGUACCCCAUGUAAUUGACAGGCCUUCAAGGAAGGUGAUAAGAGCUUUCUGCUCAUGCACUUUUGGGUGCGAGAAAUCCCCUAACCACAAUUAAUUUUCUCACUUUGAUGACUUGAGUGUCUUCAUUUCAAUUUGUUUUGGUUUAGGUAGUCCCCUGGCAGAAGCUGCUAAUGCAGUGUUUGUCAAAGCAAAGUCGUCUGCAUCAGCUGUCCAUGAAUGGAGAACAGGUUAGCAGCUCUAUUUCAAGGUUACUCUGCUUGGGCAAGCUUGAGACACACGGCCGUUUGCCAUAACUUAUUUAACAUAAUCAAAAGAUAAACACUUCUACGAUUAGUAGGUGAAUGAAGAGAGUGUUGUCAUUGUGUGCGCGUUAUGGAGUCGUAUACAAAUCAUUUUAAAUCAUUCUUUGCAAAGACUCUUUCGCUUUGGGGCCUCCAACUCUUACAGCCCUAAGUAAAACUGGUUAAGGACAAGUCGAAUUUUUGUCAUAUGGGAUGUGAUAUGAUUGAAUAUGUAUAUUGCCGUUUAGAAUUUAGGUUUGACUGUUGAUCUGUUUAGUUUGCCCAGCGAGCCAUCAUACACUUCGUGACAAAGUGACGGCAAUACUACUUUUCUUUUAUAUUCAUGUUAGUUUAUAGGACCUCCUUUGCCUUGAUUACACCUGCAGAAAUUCAAAAGAAAAAGGAACCAAGCAUCGUGGGCCAAUUAUCGUAAAGAUGAAAGAACAAAAAAAUGCCAUUUUGGAAUAAGCUGAAUAGCUAGGGAGAGGUGAAAAGUCCACUCCUUUCCCGUCGCGGCUUGACCACAGCGCUCAGUUUCCUUGUAAAAUUAGUGAGCUCAUGCAACAGGGAGGCAGAAAGAAGAGGACGGCAAAACGUUUAUGUGGCAAAGGAUAUUACUUGCGAAUUUUGUCGCGAGCUUCACUUAGCAAUACUGUGUUCUGCUCUUUUACAAAACUACAUGUAUGUGUUCAAAGGAAAGUGAAGUUUGGAGGAAGUUAUUUUUUGAAAUAAAAUUAUUGUCUCGCUUGUAACGCAAGGUUUGCCGUCUUCUUUUCUCCGCCGUCCUGUAGCGUAAGUUAGUAAGUUCAGUAGUAAUUGUUGUGUGAGUGGAGAGGUGCAUAUGCCCUGCAAACGGAAUUUGGAGUUUGUGGUCGCGUUUCCAGGUGGAGGGGGCGGGGGGAGAGAAAAGUACUGUCCUCAACUGGUAGAAAAAAUCGUAGUGGAAUACUUUGACUCGAACAAGUGCUCUAUUUUAGAUGGUGUUCAAGCAAGACGCGGUGUAUCAUUAGCUAACCCUGGUUUAGCUGGCAUAGCCGCACUAGAUGAUCCCUGCCCUGAUGUGAUUAAAUUGAGUAUCAAGCUUUCUAGUUUGGCCAUCACAGUUCUCCAUAUUGACCCAGUAUCGCCACCAUCAUCAGAGCUUACAGGGUCACUCCAUGAUGAUGCUGAUGUCACCCAUCCACUUGCUCACAUGGCAGACAAGUUCUUCUCCAACCUUGGUACCUAUGGAUUUGGAGGAAAAGACUUUGAGGACAUGGCAGAAAAGUUUGCUGUUGCUUGUACAAAAGAUCAUUUGAGGUACCUGAUGAUCUUGUAAACGAAGCAAAAAUGUCUUUUAAAGCUUCCACUCCUUGGAGUUGUACUAUAUUUAAUAAUUAUUCCUCGAGCCUGAAUGGGCUCUGAGUCAAUAUAUUCAAUGGGCGCAGCUUUUAGAAAAGUUCGUUAUAAAGUCGCACUCGACAACUGCAAAUUCCCUCGAACGGCGCGUGGUAUCGAGUGUUUCGAUUUUAAUCAUAACUAUAACAAAAUUGUCAAAUCUGAUUGGCUAUCAACUGCCCUGAUUUCAGUCUUAAUUGGACAGUUUAAUAGGACAGUACGCGUCAUGCCUAAGUAAUUGGACAGUACGCGCCAUCAAGCGCGCUCUUAAAUGGCUUUUUUUGUCACUGCUCGCAAAACAAAAUUUCGAAUUUCUUGUGUUUUGACGUAAAAAAUAGCCUAUUAUAUCACAAUUUUUGUUAAAGUUAUGAUUAAUUGGUAACAGAACUUCGUGUCGUCCAAUUCGGUCUGUAAUCAUACUCGUGAUUAAACAAAUUGGACUCCCGCUACGCGGUCGUCCGAUUUUGUUAAUCACUCGUAUGAUUACAGACCGAAUUGGUCUCCACUCAGUCCUGUUACCAUUACUUAUCGGUUAAUCAUUGUUUAUCAUUUCCGAACAUGCGCAUUAUCAUGCCAAACUGUAAGUGCCUUUCUAAAUGGCAGCGUCACCAUAAGCCUUCCAAGUUUUUGUGGAGAUGCAAAUGUAGUCUCGCCGAUUUGCAAAAUCACUUUUGAAUAACAAGACAAAGACAUCAGUUCAUUUUCUCGAAUCUCCUCGUUUGAGGGAAGGGGGCGGCUGAACACAGGCUAGAUAACAUUAUUGCAUUUUCCACCUAAAUGGAAAUAUAAUUUGCUAUUUUAAUCAAACAACAAUGCACCGCAAAAAGUGUUUGUUAAACUCAAAUGAUUUUUUUGUUUUUAAAGGUGCAUGGCUGCCCCUGUCUCAUUUGAAUUUGAAAGAACAGUGAGCAGUUCGAAUCAAACAGGUAAAUGUGAACUGUCAGCCGGUAAACUGGAGCUGAGUGAGUGUUUAUUUGAGAGAUCAUCGGCAUCAGCACCUUCACAAACACCUUAUUCAACUACACAGGUAAGAAAACAACCCCGACUCCUUGAGUCCUUCUAUUAGGUAGCGUUUAUAAUAAAAAGUAAAAUUUAAUCCUUGCCAUGAAGAAAAGAACGGAAAACAGUGGUGCAAGGGGAUGUACGGGGGUAGGAUCUAUCUCAAGCCUCUUGUGCUGCGGUAGUUUUUUUUCUUUAUAACAGAAACCAGCCACAUCCCUCGGUGCAACUUCGGCGUCCUGUCGGCUUUCCGAAUUACGGACUUCUAUUGUACCUGUUUGCUCAAAACUCGAUAGGAUUAACAGUUUCUUUAAAAACUGUUAUGAAAAACUAUCCCCUUAAUACCCAGCUCACCAAGGUGUUUUCUCUCUCUUAUUUUUUUUUUCAGUUGCUAAAAUUCUUACCCAGUGAAAGCCAAGCAGCACCUCUUUAUGGCUAUACUUCAACUUCUCCCCGACCCUGUCUCAGACUCAAGUACACAAGCACUCAGAGAACAACUUCUCCGGUAAAUUAUAUCAUUCUAAUGUACAUUUUAUGAUAAACUGUAUUAAUAGUUGAACUUUUGUAAUUUUAGUCGCCUUCGUUGUAUAACAGAGACCUUAAGAUCCCGGGGAGGAGGGCGGCUACCGUACCGUUAGGAGGAAGAGAUUUGACGUCAAAGUUUUUUCUUUGCGUAUUCUCAAAAAAGAAAUACCCCAGAAAGUUUUAUUUUACUUUUUAUCACCAGAACGAAUUACUUUUAUUGAGGGAGAUUAAGCCUUCUCCCGAUCGAAAAAUGAUCAUAAAACUUCUAAUAUUUUGACAUUUCGACAUUUUCGCUAAAACCUGUGGUUCACUGGCGCCCAUUACUUAGUGUUGAGGAAAUCUCAUCCAUAAAUAAUCAUCCCUGUUAAAACGUUAAAGAAUUCGUGGUCCUUUAAACCUUGAAAGUCCACAUAACUGCUAAAUGUUAGAUCCGUGUACAUGUAGGUUCUUUUUAUUUUGCAAUCAGGCAUUUAAGCCAAAUUCAAUCAAUUUGUAAACCUAUUCACCCCCUCUUCUUCUUUACUCUAGGUGGGUCCGCCAUUUCAAGUUCACUUAUCAGUAAUUUUUCUCUUAUGCAGUGCAAGUGAACCGUUUUCUGUCACCCUCUAUUUUGCAGGGUAUUGUUCAAGGUCGUAAUGUUGUGUUGCCCAAGUCUGAGUUAUCACUGGAACUAGGUAGUUUGCUUUGUGAGUUAGAUAUCUCAAUUGUGGAUAGAUUGACAGCUCUGUUGGAUCCGCAGCCUUUGUUUAUGAACCAUGGCUCAAACAUCCAAUCCCGGAUGUUCCGUUCCUGUAAUCCAUCAAUAGUGGUAAGCUUAUUUAUUUUUAUUGCCAUUCAUGACCUAAGAAUAAAAGGCGCAGGGGUGGAGAGUUCUGAUCCGUUACUUUAUGGGUCGCUUACUUGAUAUAAGAUGCAAUAAAUGUAUUAUCUACAAAAUAAUGUUUAGUGAUAAAGCAGUAAUGCAGAGAAACCUUUGUGAAUUAGACUCGAUAUAAAUAAGAACACAUUUGAUGUGCUAGCUUGAUUGGAAUAGAUAAACGACUUUACCAUUGAAUGGAUGAUUGUGUCAUAGCUUUCUCUACCUUACAGAACCAACAAGCAGUGUUUACUCAAGCUAUGGAAGAUACUCCCACAGUGGAGCAACCCUUUAACCUUCACUUAUCCUGUCCUUCACUUACUAUUGUUUUGAGGUGGGUCUCUAAUCUGGUUGAAGAAUCCUGCUUUACGGAGACCUCCUUCUCCAUUAAACCCCUGUACUAAACAGUUGUGUCAGUUCCUCCCAAAGAGUCCGGUAGCCCAUAACGAAUUAGCUACAUUUAUUUCACCAUUUUUUUUUUUCGGUUUCUCGAUUGCGACUGACCCAUCGUAUCAGAGAGUGUUAAAAGAGAUGUUAAACUGGCCCCGGUCGCUCAAAAAUGGGAUUGCGCUAUCCGCCGGAUAAAUUAUUAUCCAGGCACUGGUUGUUCAUAAGUAGGAUAGCGCUAUUCACCGGAUAAAUCGCUGUCCACUGGUUAAGCCUUUCGAAAUUCAAUUGCACUAUUCAGGCUCAUUCACUGGGCUGAGUUGUUCGAAAGGUGGAUAAUGCUAUCCACUGAAUAAAUCUCUCUGCUGUGGAUAGCGUAAUUAGGUUUCCCGAUACUUACUUCCUGGAUAGUAAUUUAUCCCGUGGAUAGCGCUAUCCACCCUUUCAAGUAGUUCGAGCCCAGGCUUUUUCAGUUGCCCAGAAUGUUCCAAAAUGGCGGCAAAGCGUCCGGCGAGUUCGACCCAUGUAGAAUACCUUUUGGGGGACUCUCUUUCUUUGAAAAGGGCCCCCCAUAAUUACAGAAGGGGGCCCAUUUGACCCGCAUUGGCCAAUUUCUAGAAUAAACCCUGCUUUGAACAGCCGGGACCUGAACAGUAACGCCAGCCCUUAUUAUUUACAUGUCACAUGUCUCGUCGCUGUUGUAAAAGUUUACCAAGUAAUUUUUAUCUUUUUUUUUUUUUUCCCAGAUUUCCUAUUCCUGAUUUACGACCUGCUGUUGAUCGGCGUCCCUGGUGGAAACAGUCCUUGAGAAAUGAGCGCCUAACGUUCGAGUUUUCAGCUGUAGAAUUUAAUACUUCUUUCACAGGCCCUGACCUCCCUUCACACUAUAACUUCAGCUUCAAGGAAUUAAACGGUUUGUGAACAUUUUCUGUUUGCUUCUGUUCUUUCUAACAGGUGAUACUUAGAAGUGUUUUAAAACAAGGCUUAGUAAUUAUGAAGAUUAUACUUAAAUCUUAAAAAGUUGUUGAAAAAUAGAAGUAUAAUUAACUAAGGUGGAACUUCUUUUAAGGGACGAACCUUAUUUACGCGACCACGUCUUCCUCCUUGGAAGCUGCCACUUAAUAAACGUUUGAUUUAUUGUGUACUAUAACUCAUGUUUAGUUCCAACAAAUAUUGCUUUAAAAUGUUUUUCCGGCGUUUUCAAGGGCUAGAAAAGUCACACAAGGUAUUAGCAUUGAAGUACCCAAUCAGUUGUAUAGUGGACGUAGCCAUCUGUCACAUUUGACGCUGCAGCGGUGAUGUUAAUGAGAAUUGAAAUCAGGAUUGUGGCAAUACAGUGUACGUGAUAGUGGUGAUGUUGUUGUUGUUGUUGUCGAUGAUGAUGAUGGCGAAGGUGUGAUAAUUAUUAAGCAGAUGGUGAUGUUGGUGAAAGCUUUUGCAGGAUUCUUGCUUUGUUAUGUGAUAGGGCAGUACGCAUAGACACUUUUUCAACUGAAGGUAUUUUCUAUCGAAUUUUUUUCUUAGGUUACUUUCAGAAGGACAGUAGCAGGAGUAGCGUGCCUGUUAUUAACGCUGGACAUGGUCAGUCUGAUAAUGAUACUGCAGGAAAUGGUGGUUUUGAUUGGCCAAGGUAAGUUUUAAUUAACAUUUUGCUUCACUCAUAUUAAUCAUCAGGAAGACCCUUCAAUUGGGGCUCAGCCAUUUCCCUUACAUUCAUCACAAGCCAAGAAAAAUUAUAAUAAUUUAAUAAUUUUAUUACUUAUAACGCGCAAAUUCGCAUAUGUAUAUGAUCAAAUGCGCGUAAAAACUUAGUUUUUAGCUAUUUAAGCUAUGCAAAAUUUAGCAGUACAUUGCACUUUGUCUUUUUAUAUACUGAGUAUGAAAGGGUUAAGAAAAAUCCUUUCGCGUAGAGCAACGAAGAGUGUUCCUUAUUUCUUCUGGAUAAGAUGCUUGUCCACCUUAGGGCUUAUACACCUAUGGGUGGGAAAAAAUUAUCUCAAGGGCAUGUCCAGGACUUGAAUAGCCUUCCUUUGACAUGCAGCUUUUGGAUCGCAAAGCUUCUUGGUGUUUGCAGAGUUUGGAGAAGUUACCGUGUUGUAUGAACCCUCGUGAAAUAGUAAAGAGCUUCACCAGAAUAAGUUUCAAUUUUUGUGUAUGUAGUCUUACAACAACGUUUUGCAAUUUUAGGCGUACUUAAUUUUCGUUCCCUUUACUUAUUUUUGUAGAAUUGUAAUCACAGUUCAGCCACCCGCUCCUCUAUCCGCUCUGGAAGAGGUUCAAUCAUCAGAUAACUCUCCACUCAGUUCUCUAGAUGCUUAUCCUGUAAUGAAAGCCGAACCUUCGCCUUUCUCUUCCAAACCGGUCAUGUUUGAAACCGAAGAGGUGAGUACUUUCCGAUACUUUGCUCCUGUGCUGGUAAAUUGCUUCGCGCAAACUCCAAAGGGUGUAUUACUAGGCGUUGGCUAACAUCUUUGUUACCGUAGUAUCCACACUAGCUUGAUGCUUUCUAUAUUUCCCUGACGUCGUUCAACCGAAUCCCAUUAUCGUGGUUGUCUGCAGCUACUCCUUUUGUUUUGAAAAGUGACUUGCCUGAAUCUUAGCCAAUACGGUCAAAACGUCUUUUGUCUGGUGUCAGAACUGACUGGAAGCAAUUUAUCAUGAGGAGACUCGAAUUUGAACUAUUUUCUUUCCUUUUAGCUUUUGAUGCCAGGAAGCCAGGAAGAAAUGAAAGCAUUUCAGGAUGAGACAGUGUCGUCAUCCAAGGUCCAUGUUGAAUGUACCUUUCCCCUGUUGGAUGUCAAUUUACACACAAAGGACGUGUUUGAGAACAUAUACAACAGGUAAGGUGAUGCCACAGGUUACCCAAACGUACAUACUAUUUACACCAGUUAAGGUGAUGUCACAGGUUACCUACACUUACGCACAAAGGAGGUGUUUGAGAACAAUCAACAGGUAAGUUGAUGCUACAGGCUACCCAAACUUAUACACUUAAGUCGAUGCCACAGGCUACCUGAGGACCUGUUUGAGAACAUACAACAGGUUAGAACUGUAAAGGAAAUAUCAAUCGGAUCGUUAUUGUUGUUUUCAUUGUGCAGAUUGGCGAGUGACUUGUUGCUGUGGGAACCUAUGGCUCCCUCCCCUGUGGACCGGCCUGACCAAUGUGGAUUCAAUAUUGGCACAGGGUUGGACCUAGCAAGUCAGAUGCUACAGGCGCAAGGACCUGACCGAUUUGUCAUGUGCAGAUCUGGCUUACGAAGUUACGAUGAUGGUAACUUUUAAGUUUCUAGCCUGAUUCCAUACUUUCUGCGAGUGUAGGGUAGAAGCACAACUGAGUUUGCUCAGGAGCUAUGCACAAAACGUACAAACCCAAACAAAAUAGCACGGUUCAUCAAGCCCUCUCCCGAGCACAAAAUAAUAAAACUUCUAAUAUUUGGUAACGUGUUUCCGCCACUAUGGCAUUCUCGCUAAGACUUGUCGUAGAAUCGACGGGUAUUAUGUUUCCCCGCCAAAAUGACGCUGGUGCACGCGCGUGCGCACUACUUAGUAUUGAGAAAAUCUCGCUCUCUUAGUCGUCCUCUUCUUAGAAUCUAAAGAUCUCUAAUGUGAAGAUGUCAAUGGAACGCUAGACAAUCAAUAGGCCGACUUCGGGUUCUCUGUGAGCGACGCGCUUUUAGCAAUGCGUUCCACAGUCUGUCAUUACCGUCCUUCUUUUUAAACAGAUGCAUCCUCGUCUGAAGACGGCAGUAGCAAUAUAACAUCGCUGGAAAACAAGUACAGGCGUGACAAUUCAAUCCCUAAUGGACAGACACCCUUCACGCUUUCUCUCAAUGUCAGCAAGGCCAGACUGGCUGUUUUCCCUGUCAGCGAGGUAGUAAAAUGAGUUUUAAUUUAAACCUAUGUCGUUUGCGAUUCAUAAUUCAUUUCUCCCAUUGUCUCUAUAUUAACCAGCCAAGAAGAAAGAUCAACGGAAUUCGCCGACUUAGAACACAGUGCAUGUCCGAAUUCGAAAAUACUUCUGCAGAUGGGAUGAUCAGUUUUUAAACCAAGUUUGUGCGACUUUCGCACCAGUCUUGUUUCUUAUGUCUGAGUACGUUGGCCAGCAGAAAGAAGAGCCAAAUAGCGGGAAUCAUGCAGAGAAACUUACUGGCCGCCGGGCUUAGAAUUCCAAAGUCGACGUCCUUGCACUCUUUACUUCAAGGGAAAAUUAAAGGAUUGGACGCAGAUCUAAAAUUUACAAAAUUAACGACUUUUCGUUAGGGGCCUUUGACGAAUUUUACAAAGUUGUUAUUCCUUUGUUAUGUAAAUAACAAAGCGGCGCUGCGGACUUUACAGCAACUGCGCAGCGCUUUUGUUUAUGUAAUAUGGAACGUGUGACGCGUUAUGUUGUGGCAAAACGGAGUCACAAUAGUGCUAUAAAGCACACGUCACUGGUGCAUGCGCGUCAUUUCACAAAGGAUAUUUAAUGUGUUUCUCUCUUGAGAUGUUUACGAAACACGCUAGAGUUUCAAAAACACCAGACAACUACAAAAUGUACUUCAACGUGAUUGAUAACUUAUGUCCGCUUUUAUAUUUCCUACUGAUUUCAGGUUUCAUGGUCAAAUGCUCAUCCCAAGGAUUCUAGUUCUUCUUAUGAAGAGGUGCUUGGAGAAAUAGUGGCCGAACUAAGCGACGUUACAUUUUUCAUAGCAGCCUGUUACAAAAGUCAAGUCGAUCUCAGUUACUUGUUCCUCCAGUCACAAAAGGUUUCAUUUCAGCAUGCACCCGUGGUACCACAGGAUGCCCACUCUACCAUGGAGACGGCGUUUAACGGUGCAGAACUUUUGUCUACUUUGUACCACAAUGAGCCGGGAAUAAGGCAAGCGGACGGAAAAAACCCUGAACCGAUGUUUGCCUUUGCUAUUAAAGUUUCUUCCGAUGCUACCAAGGAUAUCAAGGUAAAUAGUUAACGCGGAUUGUGUUUAGCUUGGGUUCUUCUUUAGACACUGGCAAUAGACCUUAUUCACGAUUCCCGCCAUCUUUGCACGCCCUAAAGGUUUGGUGGGAAAAAAGCAAUGUCACGUGGUUUCUCCAGGUGGAAACAAAUGCUCAAAGCUGCCAAUGCAAGAAAUCACGGUCGAGUUUUUUUACUGUAGACAACAGAAAUUAAAGAACUUAUCAUAAUUAAGACGAUAACUGCAAAUUAUGGGUAAAAGCAGGAGCCGAGGUAAAAGUAAACAUCGUUCCUUCUUUAGAUACUGUAGCGACCGUAGAUGUUCUCACAGGAAACAGUAAUGACGUAAAUCAUGUCGAAACUCGAAAUGUACUUUUUGCUAGACUCUUACAUCAUCGUCUUGUUUUUAUCGUAUAAACAAACUUAGCCCGCGAGCAAGCUCUCCUAUUUGGGCGAGCGAAGCGAGUCUCGCGAGAACGCGCGAGCAAGCAGCGUUCUCGCGAGGCUCGCUUCGCUCGCCCAAACAGGAGAGCUUGCUCGCGGGCUAAAACAAACUUGGCCGCGAUUUCUUGCAUUGGCAGCUUUUAUAAUUUGUUUGCCCUCUGAGAAACCACGUGACAUUGCUUUUUUUCCCAUCAGUCCUUUAGCGCGAGCGAAGAUGUCGGGUAUCGUGAAUAAUGUCUAUUAAUUAAAUAGCAUUGGAAUGAGGGGUAUACGUGUACCUUUCCAAUUUGGAGCACCCGGUUCGAGUCCCUUUCCGACCUGCCGAUGGAUUAUUUUUUCUCGGUAGACCCGGAUUCAAGUAUUCGGCCAUGCUGUUAAAUAGCCAGCUGGUUGCCUCCGGCCAGUUUGGACGUUUAAUCCUUUUUGUUCUGUUUGAAUUACUGGUUUCUUUUUUAUGAAGCGCCUGUAAACUAACUGGAAAAUCUAUGAUGUGCACAUACACCACAACAAAGUAAUUACCAUUGACCGUUUGUUGUGCGUUCAAAUGUUCUGGGUGUCCAAUAUGGAACGUUAAAACAAGGAACUUGCGAGAGAUUCCCUUUAAUCAACCCUCUUCUUAACUAGUUAGUGUAUGUCAAGUCGUGUUGCCGUUAACUUUGCAGGAAAUACUAUUUUCUCUGGGACUUCGCAGGAGUACUCUUCGGUACAGAAUGCUUUCUUCCAAGCAAUUGUGGCUCACACAGGUAUGUGUUAUCUUUCUGAGUUACGUUUAACUUUCCAAGAACGUGCUUGCGCUUGCAUUCUGGGUACAGCGGAACCUCGAUAUAAUGAACCUCUAUUUAACGAAAUCCUCGCGGUGUAACGAGCGAUUUUCUUUACCCCCAGUAACAGUAGAAUACAGUGGAACCUGGAUAUAACGAACCUCUAUAUAACGAAAUCCUCGCGGUUUAACGAGCGAUUUUCUUUACCCCCAGUAAUGGUAAAACACAGUUGAACCUUGAUAUAACGAACCUCUAUAUAACGAAAUCCUCGCGGUAUAACAAACGGUUUUCUUUACCGCCAGUAACAGUAAAAUACAGUGGAACCUCGAUAUAACAAACCCCUAUAUAACGAAAUCCUUGCGGUAUAACAAACGAUUUUCUUUACCCCCUGUAACUGUAAAAUACAGUGGAACCUCGAAAUAGCGAAGUAAUAUAUCAAACAUGAGAUGCAGUGUUUCAUCACCAGAUGAAACACCGAGAAGAGAGUUGAAAAUACGACGCGCAGCGGAGUAUUUUUGACGAACUUCGAGGUGUUUCAUCUGGUGAUGAAACAGUGUCGAAUGUUUGAUAUUUCUUCUCAAACAAAAUCAUUUUUGAAGGAGAAAUUAAGGAUGCAAAAAUGAGCGGUUUUUCAUCUGAUAUCCAAACACUCAUUCAACAUUAAUUUCCUUUGAAUUUUCUUUAUGAAUUAUUAAUGAGUUUGAGAAGUCCCAAGGAACUAGCAAAAUUGUUCGCUAUAACGAGGUUUCGUUAUAUCGAAGUUCUUUUUCAUAUAUUUUACUAUUACUGUGGUAAAUAAAAUCUUUCGUACCGUUGUACCGAGGACUUCGUUACAUAGAGGUUCCUGACUGUAUCUCUUUUAGCCGGCCAUGCUAAUAAUGAUCAUGGCAUGAUAUUCAUGACAGUCAUAUCAAAGUAUCCUUACGCGUGGAAGAUCGCAAAACGAUUUGUAUUCCCGUCACAUAUUACCAUGAUAUUGGCAUGUAAUAUGAAAGCUUUAUUGACCCAGUAGUCAAAGACUGAUUACAGAUGAACAUACAUUGAACGAGCUCCAUUGAGUAAGGCACAAGUGGCCGCUUGUUUUACUGACAAUUUUGUUCACCGGGACAGUUAGUAAAAGCCCCGCUUAAUUUGUCGUUGUCGCGUUCUAAUGAACACGUGGAUUUGUUUUUGCAGCUCAAAGACUUCUUUGAUGUGAGAGAUGAUCCAGUUCUUGGUUUCAGUCCCCCGGCGGUCGUGACAGUGUUUCACACUCAUGUGUGGGAAGGCACUAUUGAUUACAGGUUUGUGCAAGUAUUGAGGAGAUAACUGCGUAAACGUCGGCACAUUGAGUAAUGUGAUAAUGGUGACGAACCCUUCCCGUAAAAAAAGGGAUAUCGCAUUCAUUUUUUGCCUUGUAUUCCUGCUAUAGAGCGGUUUUCACUUGACUGUCGAAAGUAAUUGGUUUUGGUUUUGGUUUUGGUUUUGCUACACCCUUUGGUUGGCUAGUGUAUUUACUUUGGUUUUGGUUUUACGACAGUCAAGUGAAAAUCGCUCUAGCCGUGUAAACGUACCAAACGAGACCUUCAAAUACUUUUAUUGAAAUGAUCAAAUCGGCUCUUGUAAAUCACAUUAUCAAAUAAAACUUUAUGUUGGAGCCGUCCUGUAUAGAUUAACACACGAGCUGCUGGAAGCGUAUCCUCUUAUGUGAAUUUGAAUGUUGUUUAGUUCAAUUAACGUAUUACAUGUGUUGUUUGCAGGCCGAUUCACCUUCCAUUGCGAGUUCUGGUCACCAUAGAAACCUUCAGUGUUUCAAGUAACAUCACAAUUGAGUCCACCGUCUCGUUACUAAGGUAACUCAAAACUCGUCCUUUUAUGACGUAAUUAACUUAAUUUCCCCCUUAUUUAAAUGCUGAGAGGAGCCAACUUUAACUUUAACUUUACUUGUCAAAUAACAAAAUAGCAAUGAAUUUCGUCUGACGCUAAUAUUAAAAAUUGCAAAGCCCGGGUGGAUCAGUUGAUUUAUUGGUACUUGAAGAUCCAUCAGAUGUGGCUGAUGAUACUAGAGACCUGUUGCAAAAAGGAUACUGAAAGCUUGUUAGCACUGAAAGACCCCCGGGGGGGAGGGUACUCCCUUUUAUGACUUAUAAGGGGAUGUGUACAGGGUAUGGUAUUUUUAACCUCUCUACCCCAAAUGGGGUGCGCAAUUUCGCGCCAGUCUGUCCUAAACGGUGUACGUGUUCUUUGUCCAAAGCAGGGUUAUAAAAUUGAGGGUUUUGUCCUAAACAGGGUAGGUAUUUUCAGAAUAUUUUUGUCCUAAACAUGGUCAAGGUUUCAAACCUUCAGCGGUUUUCCUCCUCCGAAAUGUUGGUCGAGUACCCCCCCCCCCCACCCCCCGGGAAAGAAGUUUGGACAUCGUCCUUGUGGAUGAUGACCAGUUGCUGCUUAAUUGACUGUCUGUUAUAUACAUGAAACUAGAGAGCUGACUCCUACGAUGAGUUAACGUUUCUGUAAGGAGUAGUCAUGAGCUAUUUUUGCAUUUCUUCCUGUGGCAGAUUUAUCAUCGAUGACGCUGCAUUGUACCUCUCUGAUAAAUGUAGUGGAUCAGCCAAUAUUAAAAGUACGUUUAUGCUUCGUGGUGAAACUUGAUGAACAUAAAUCAUAACUUUAUUAUGACAAUUGGAAAUCUGCAAGAGAAAACUACUGAUUGAUGACCACCGUACGUUGAUGUUUAAGGAUGGUGUAAAUCAUCUUUUUAAAGUCCAAAGCCUUUUCAAAGCACAUUAGCGGAUUAUGAUGAGUCAGUUAUGUUUAGAAUGUUAAUUGCCACCCCCUUACACUAUUUGGGUGUUGUUUUCAAAGACUUUUAUUUCCGUUCAGGCGUUUUGCUGAGUAUUUCAAAUAAUUACAACAAAUACAACGAGAAAAUUAAUACGGAAGAAAACAUGAUUAGUGGCACAUAUUCAUCGUACCGAUAGCUAUGUAAGGAUCCUUUUUAUGUGCUUCUGUUUAUUCCGAAGAGCGGCAUCCAUGUUAUCAUUGUUUUUUUUGUUUGUUUGUUUUUGUUUUUUUCUCCUACCCCAUUUGUGUCGAUAUUGAUGAAGUCUUGUGGCCUUUCAGAUUAUGUCUGUGUUUUAGAUCUUGGAAUGUUCGAAUUGUCUCUCCUGACAUGCGAUGGCAGUGAAAAGGUAAAAAAAAAAAAAAAAAUUCACCGAUACCCCUUUGUAAUCUUCUGAACGUUUCCCAUUGUUACAGCGGUUUUCCACUGAAUGUCGAAAGCAAUUUCGAGUGUUUUUUUGUUUGCAUGUCUACGUCUUGUGAUUUCACUGACGAAUAGCGCGUCAUUUUCUCAACCAAUGAGAUGUAUAGCCACAAACAGUGCUGACUCACCUAUGUGCGCUGCGAGAUCGCACUUUUGUUACUUCUCCUUCCCCAUCUCCCGAACGCUUUAACUUCUCGCAGCCGGAACACAAACGCGGCCUCUGCGGAGAAGAGAAGGAUUACUUCAUCUUUUAAUGUAACAAGUAACAUCUUUGAUUGACUGAAUCCGAACUUUUCACCAAUCAGGGUCACCCUCAGGUGGAACUACGCAUGUCAAACAAUACAGUUAACAUCAGAACGUGUUCAGACUCGUGCUCAGCUCUGCUUCAGUUGAUACAGUACAUUUCAGCAGAUGGAGACCUGGCACCUAGUUAUGAGCAGGAAGAACCUGACAGGACUAAAACACCAUCCGUAAGUACAAGAAGUAACUGUAACAUAAGAAGAGAAGAUCUCAGGAAAUCUUCUCUCCUGAGGCCGGUAUACAAUCCCUUUACUAUUUUGCUACAAACCAUGAAAACUAUCAUUGGAAGGGAGUAUCGGAGGUGAGGGUGGACUUUGGAGGUAUGUUGGGGUGGGGGAGGUUAAAAACUAAAGUUAUGAACUUAAAACGGGGGAAAACUAUGUGGGAAAAUAAGGAGAGCCGGCUUUGCAAGGCAGGUUACCAGUGUGAACAAAAGUCGUUUAAUAGCCUGUUCCAGGCGUUCAGAUUGUGGGGACGGCGCUCUCUGACUUCUCGCCGCACUCCACUAUCUGAAAGCCUGGUACAGGCUAAUCGUUAGUAGAUUCUUGGUUAUUUUGCGUCCAUAAAAGGGCCGAUCCAGAGGAGGUGACAAAUUUCUGCAUGAAAACAAUGAGCGGAAGGCAAGCAAACAAUAAUUUUAACGUCCUUAACACCUCUUUCAUUUUCUCCUCAUUUUCUCAGACUCCAAGCCGCUGCCCAGCUGAGCCGCCAGUUAAGCAGGGGUCUGUUGAUGAAGGAACACUGAGUAGUAUCAUGACAGAGGCCAUGGUAGACACACACUCCCUUGAGGAACCUUCUUAUGACAAGGUACUGUAUCAGUCUGUGUUCAGAAAUGAAUAUUAAUGUAGCCUGUUUCAGGGGGCGUCAAUUGGAGCUGUAUUUUUGUUCGUCUCUCUCUUUGCUCCUUCCCCUCUAGAAUAUAGUGACGUAUUGAGUACAUUGCGAGUUGAACCACAGGAAAAAAGAGAUUAUUUGCAAAGAUUGAUUCUUACGUGCUGAUGCCUUAGCACGCGCACAUGACCACACACUCGUCACUCUCCUACGACCUCAAGUUUUAAACCUUGUCUCAUUGGAUUUAGUUAGAAACGACUUGGUGAACGCUGCAGCUGUGGAACUGUCUAGUUUUGGACGCACUUGGGAGGUUUGCUAAGUACUCAAGAAGCUAAAGUUGUUCAAAGCGUGACUCUUGCGCUUCUUUUGUGCUUUGCAGCUUCCGCGUGCAUCUACAACUCGGUGAUGGCUGCAUGUUACACGUUUAUUAUUAAUACAGACCGUAUGGCGUUACGUCAGAUAACCAAACAAAGCUGCUUCAUCUGCCGACGUUUUUUAUUUACAGAGUUUUAAAGGAGAAUUAAGCCACCAGCUAUCCAGAUCACCUAGAAGAGAUCUCUUCUUGUUCCCAGACGAUGAGCUGCUAGCUGAUGCAGUAGAGGAUUAUUACCCGGCUGAAGAUAAUUCGCACGCGAGUUUAGGAAUUCCAGGAGAGCCAGAGGAUGAGGAGGACGACAGCGAUGACGAUUUUUGUAUUCUAGAACAUCCUGAUAAAGAACCCGAGGGUUUGAGUCAUGAAGUCAUUAUCAAGUGUUUGACAGACGAAGCAGUCAGCAUUAAGGAAAAUCAUUUCACUGUUCCAGUAAGUAUCCAUCCACACUCGCAGUCUUCAUUUGAUAUCUUGACUUCCAUUUGGAAUUUCGCCUCCGACAUUUCGCAUUUCGAAACGCUUCGAACCCUUUCAAAGCGCCGCAGAAUUUUUGUACUACGAGUAGGAAUUAGUAGAGCGAGCCAAGGCGAAAAGUCCGAGCGCGCGGGGGUAACACGCGGGUGUUAGUGUUCGCGUUUUUCGUAGGUUCUACCAUGUCUGAGGAAAACAAGGGAAUACAAUCUGAAGUAUUUGGAAAGAGAAUUGGCCACGUUCCUUUACCUUUUUACCUACUCUAAAGGUCACCUCUCUACAACGGUCACCUCUUUACAAUGGCACUUUCUUCUGUCCCCAAGGUGGCCGUUGCAGGGAAGUUAAACUAUAUCAUAUAAAAGCGCGAUCCAGUGUCAUUCGGCGGUAUUAUCAUGGCUUUAACACCAAGACCGUUGCUCAUUUAAGAUUGAGUUUUAGACUGGACUGCAGAAGGAAGAAAGCCUUAUCUCAUUGUUGAUAACACACAGCCAGCCUCGAUACUUGUAGGGUUUCAUGAUACGUAAUUCUUUGUUCCACUUAGAUUGGUCCAAGUGAUCAACUGAGCGCCCCAAGUCAUUACCCGCCAGCAGUGUUCUGUUACACUUUAAAAGAGAUGUCAGUGGUGUGGCGAUUGUUUGGCGGCAGAGACUUUGGUGGAACUCCAUCACGUACCCAGAGAAAAAAGUGAGUGACGUAAAACUUUGAACACUUUAACGAUUACUGACAGUUUUUUUAGACUGUGCUCAUCCCGCACAACCUCGUUCCCAUUUUCUAAAGGAAAAGCCCUUGAGACUAGGUUACCUUCCUUACUGCUCUGCGAGUCGGGCGGAUUAACUGGAAUGUAGUUACUAGGUUUAGUUAGGGAUUCAAUAUGCUGAGGUCCAGACAACAUUGUUAAAAGAGUGUUUAAAUCAAAGAAGAACCAAAUAUUUUCAGGGAGUCGGAGUGAAAGAAUUAAAAACCUCUGCAGAUUUUGAAUUACAUAUGACUUGCUCUAUGGCAAAGCAAGGCAAUGUCUACCUGCUUCCUUCCUAAGAACACCAAACCUUGACCCCGUGUUUGGUUAUACUUUUAUAUCCCGAUAUAACAAAGUGCGAAGGGACUGGAAGACGUUACAUGGUAGUCCUGGCAUGUUCCGGUAAAUUGGAGAAGAUCGUUAAUGUGAAAUCUUCGCUGUAAGGUUUUUCGUUUUAACGUAAAACAGACAUCCUUGCUCUUGCUUCAAGUUCGCUAAAGACUUAUGAUCAUUAUUGCCAAGCCUCUCAGUAGCAGUUUUCCGGCCCAAGGAGCACUUUUACGACUGCCUUCAGGCUUGUAAUGCAAGAAUAAUAUGAAAAGUAGGUUAAGUCCUCAUCAGUGACACGCGAAAUGCUUAAAAAAAGAGUAAUCUUGCAUUUUGCUGUAAAAGGUGACCCUUGAGUGGGAUGUAGAUUAAGUUAAUAUAGUACCUUGGGUAAAAGACACAGGUUUUUUACUUCGACUAUUUUCUAUUCACAGAAUAAGUUUUGCGCUGGAUGAAAAAGGACAGGCAAGAGAUGGUUCGGCUACUGCAGUCAGACCCAGUAUAUUGCUUCCUAAUAAUAUCGCAGCUAAUAGCGCGAAGAAAUUCUCACGCACUAGUGGAGGACCCAACAGAAAUAAUGACGUGUUAAUGGAGUUUUAUUUGAACAAGGUCAGUGAGCUUCUGUUUGCACCAACCUUAAAGAAGGUAAAUUUCCAUCUGACAUUGCUCGGUUAGGGCUGUCACCAAGAUGCCAAGUUGCCAAGUUGCCUGGUAAACCGUAAAAUUCCGAAAAUAAGCCCCUUUAAAUGUAAGCCCCCCAAACCGGUAACGCAAAAAACCCUCCGUUAAAUCUUCCCUCCAAAUAUAAGCCUCCCCCGGGGCUUCUACUUGGAAAAUUGCCCUCAAACACAAAGUAAAACAAAGCGAAAACAGUAAAUUUACUUCGAACUAUAAGGCUAGCCCAAUCGAUUUUGAAACGCAAAUUUCCCUCCGUAGAUAAGCCCCUCCAAAAUAAGCCCCUCAAAAAGGGUCUUUGAAAAAAAUAAGGCCCGGGGCUUAUUUUCGGAAUUUUACGGUACAAUAAGUAGGCGAAGAAUCAAACAGCUAGGGAUUUCUUUUAGAUCUAUUUUUCUUCUAUUUUCCUUUGAAAGUAGCUGGGGGCCGCGUUCAUAGUAGCCGGUAGCCUGGAGAAAUCCUCGGACCCCGCUUCUUUGACAGCCCUGCUUGGUUAUUAUAUAGUUGGUUAUCAGGAAGAUACUUUGUUGCCCCAUCAUUUGGUACCCGAGAGAGUCGACUUUUUCUAAAUUGGUCAUAUUCACUCUUGCAAGCAACCUUUCUUUUUGACAAGAUAAAGGAAAUAUCACAGAAUUUGUAGAUUAUAGUGAAGCAGCCGCCCAAUAACUUAAGUUUAAGGUAAUUAGGGGAAGUCCUGUCUUCAAUGGCGCAUUUCAAAGUUUCCUGAGGCAGCGAGUCUCAAAUGAAUUUGUUUUUAUUGCUGAAUUGCUGUUCUUUGGCGUCCAGUUGGUUGGCAAUAUAAGUACAAUUUAACCACUUAUAAUCUGGCCAUCAACAACAAAACUGUUCGUUUGGUUUUCGUAUCCCUCGAGUCGGAAAACAUUGUUAUCGGCAACGGCUUUGUUGAUUGAACAAGUAGCACUCUUUAUUUAGCUGUUGCUGUUCUAGUGAAGCGAUUACAGCGGUUUGAAAAACAGUACCCUUUGACGAACAAAAAAUUUAAAUGAGUAAUUAGAAAAUAAAAUUACCCGAAACGUUAUUUGUCCCUAUCAGCUGGAUUGUGACAACGUCACGUUUGUUUUAGUAACUAUACCGGGAAAGAAGAAAAAGAAAAAAAAAGAACAGCUCGAGACACAGAUGACAGGCUAAGCCUUUUCAAUCGGUUAAUAGAUAUCUUUUAAAAUCAAGCUAUUACUUUCUGAACGAGAUCUUCAUUCUUUCUGACCUCUUUUCUUUUGUUUCGCAUUAACUAUCAUACUAACGCACAACGUGUUAGACUCUCCUUAGUGAUAAAGCUAUGAAAUAACAUAUGUAUAUCUAGCCGGAUUUUUGAAAACGUUACCGCCAAAUGGACCUUUUCCUUUCAACAGUUUUUUAUUUUCGGUCAAAAAACCUUCAAAGUAGCCAUUAGAAAAACUAAGAGUGCAACCAUUGCUUUUUUGUCUUCUCCUCCCUUCUUCCUCCUCGCUCUUUCUUUUUCUCCUUUCCUUUUCCUUCGCUACGGUGAUUUUGGAGCUUAUCGGGCCCAAAAAAACCCCUGCCUUUUGACGCCUUUUGUACUCAAAUGACUGCAAAUUUCGUUAGUUUGGUUUUCAAAAAAUCGGCUAGAUAUGAUUAAAUACAAAAUGUGAAAAAUAGUUAAAUAGCUUUUGACUCUGUUAAAUAGAUAUUAGCUGUUAAUGGAAAUCAUCAGGUGUUUUUUGUCAUAUUCUUACUGAAUAAAAAUUGAGUCUUCAUGCAUGCCGUUUGAAACUACCUUCACCCGAAAAUGAAAAGAAAAAAGUACGGUAGGACACCUGUGACUUGUAACUUUCCGCUUUAACUCCUACAAAAGAAGUUUCUAACUAUGUCUUUGACUGCUUUUCUGACUUCACCGAUUUUCCAGCAAUAAAGAAAUGGGUUCAAAGACGAAUUGGAGUAAAGAACUGUAACAGUUGCUGUUAUUAGAAGCAAAGAAUCCUUAUUCUCACCAGUGAUUUGUAUUAUUACAACAACAAUGAUAAAAGGAACAAGAGUUAAAACGAGUACAAAUUGUACCCACGCCAUGCUAGAAACUGUGUUUUUAUAUUUUUUGAUGUUCAGUGGAAUGCUUGUUCCGUUUGACUGUCCUUGCUGAUCAUGAACUCGAGCUUGAUGACGCCGAAGUCUGUAAAAUAUUCUCGUGUAACAGAAAUUUGCGGUACUACCGCAAACUAUUAACACGACUACAAUCAUAGGCAGAGUGAUUCUCUCUCCUAAAGUUAAAUACAGGAGUGCACCUGUAAGGCCUGUAAGCCAUGUGCAACAUACAACUACGCGAGCUCGCUUGAGUGUCACAAUGUGUCUGUAUCUUAGGCCCAACCGUAAAGCGAGAAGUCUGUCGAUACUUAUCGCAGCCGGACUAACGAGUGAUGCUCCGCCAGCGAUAUAGUUGACAACUUGAUACGCUGUCACCACGUAGUAUUCAGUGUGCGGAUCUACCCUUGCAGUAGAACCCAUUAUUACUGGUAUUGAGGCGUGGAGCGGUUGUACAAUUAGACCAACGCAAAGAUCCAUGACCGCCUGGUUUUGAAAAAGCAGUUUGGUCGGUGGAUGGAUAGAAGAAACCUUUUGAAGAGCUAUUAUGAUCAAUGUAUUACCCAGAGAUGCGGCAAUGGAAAGGCAGAUGUCUAAACCUGAAAGAAAUAUAACGAUUCCUGUUGGCAUGAGUCGUCUUGUUUCGUUCAGCUCAUUAGUGGAGUUUUCAUAUUCAGUAGAAUUUACGGUCAUUCUUCCUCUUAGUUGCGCGAAACUCUACAUAUAUUGUUGGUUGACGGGCUACAUUUAAGGCGACUUGAUAAAUUGUCGGCCUUUUACGAUUUUUUUCUUGCAGCUGUGUUUCAACAUUGUUAAGCGUGCGUGUCAAGUACUACUACAUAAUUGUAUUUAGCGAUUAGAAGGCGCGAGGAAGAUUCUCGAUUGGUAAUUAGUCGACGGGGAGCGAAAACCUCAGCCAAUCAAAAUGUGACAUUUGCCAGCAAUAGAAUACGUGUAAAAUGUUACUAAAGCUCAAUUUAUUACGUUCAUGAACGACGCAGUUCGUCGUUAUAUAUAAAUACCUAGCAGCAAGUGAAAGAAGGAGCUUUCCAAAAAAUUUAAUGUGGGAAGGUCAUUUUCUUUCAAGGAAAAAGCCUGGUUUCAGUCUUCGGUAACAAACCUUUUGGUUUUUAUUCAUGUCACCUUUUUUCUUUGUUUAGGAAUAAAAGUUAACAAAAUGAUCGUCUCGGGCAAUUCAAAAUCAUUUAAGGAAUAAGACACUGUCAUUAUUUUCAUUGUGUUUUUAAAGACAUCCUGGCGCUGGUGGGUAAUUGUCGCAAAUAUAUAAUCAAAUGUAAAUCUCCGAAGAAAAUGUUAAAAUAUAUACACUUAACUCCCACAUUGACGUAGUUCAACAGUACCGUAGAUAACCCUACCUGUAUCUUCCUGCUACCGUAAUUUUUCUCAGUGAACCAAUAACAAAGAUUCGUUCUUAUUGGCUGUGUUGGCCUCUUAAGGCCGUUAAUUCCCUAAUUCCUUACAAUUUUUUUGGUGGGGAGAGGGGAGUUUGUUGUCGCCCAAUGACUGCUGCGUAGGUAACUUUGUCAGAUAUAAUAGAGAGAUUUAGAAUUACGUUUGCUGGCAAAAGGCAAACGCCAGAUUCUAGUUGCUAAUAAAAUUUCUCAUUGUAGAAAAUGAGCAGAUAAAGACUAAGACAAUUCUUAUGCAUGACCCUGGCGUAAAUAUACUGAUUUCUGUGCAGACAUAAUGAACAGUAAACGAUAAGUAAAAGGAAAACUUGAUCACGUGCCAGGAAUUGACGUUUUCCUUUUACCAUAAACUCAACUCUAAAUCUUUUCUAAUAUUUACAUUGUAUUUCCUUCAGAUUCGUUUGCAGUACGAGGAGUACCCUGAGCACACAGAGCAAGCCUCCAGACUGGUGGUGCUCGUGCAAGAUGUAGAAAUAAGGGACCGCUUGGCUCAUUCACAGAUAAACAAGUUCCUUUACCAGUACACAUCUGAGGCCUGCCCCAAACAGUCCCAUGCUAACAUGGUAAGGGACCUUACCAGUUUUUGGCUCUUCAAGGGUAACUUGAAGAGUUUCUUCAAGUUACUUUUCUUCAAGUCUCUUGUGAUGGAGCAUCCUAUUAAAAGAUUGUUAUUAUUAUUAACUUGUAAAAUUUUGCAAAAAUCUCAAUUUUGAGCCAAGGAUAUCGCCUCCUAUGACCGUACCCAAUGGGGAGAAGAGGUGUCUCUAAUUCGACACAAUUCGAAAAAUUUUGAACAUGAUUUUUGUAUAUAUGGUUUGGUGUUUCCAGGCACAUUGGCCACCAGACGUUUGCUUUUAUCUUCAUUUCCUUCAGAAGAACCUUUUUCCCCUCUUUUUUUGCUUAUUUCCGUUGAAUAAAAAACCGGUUUGUUCUGUUUAAAAGAAAGGAUUAUAAAGAGUACAAACCGGUUCCAAUAAGAUUCCACAUAAAAUGGCCUUAAAUCGGCUCGGGACUAAACAGGAAAGAAGAAACACACAACUUAAGUGAGGUUAGUUAAUUUUCUCUUAACUCCUUUCUUAUUCGAAUGUUACAGAAACAAUCGUUUUUUCCCCAUACCGUGACAAGUGCUUAUAAUUCAGUGCUGAUGGUCAUAUUUGGAGCUUGGGCCACCCGUGAGAAUAUUCGCAAAUUGAAACGUCAAGACGCACGAGUGUAGUCACGUGGUGUCUAUUGGCCUGUGUGGAGCAAACCAAAAGUCGAAAACAGCCGAACCAAGAGAGAGCUUGCACGCGCGCUUUGCACCUGUCCAUAUUGUGUUCUUCUGUUUAACCAAGUUUAAUGAUUUAUUCGAUAGAUUUUGCUCAAGAUGCUGUACAUUCGCCCCGAUGCUGGACUCAAGGCGCAGGAGUGUAACCUCAGAGUGUCUAUUCAGCCGCUGAGACUGAAUGUAGACCAGGUAAUUAGUCUUUCACCUUUAAAAAAAUGAUUGGCAGUCUAGACUGCACUUAACGUUUUACUUGAUAUCCAGUCAUUAUUGAUUUGUUAUUCAAGUGAAAAGAUGCCGGUGCUCCUCUGCUACCUUCCUCUGGGCCUCGGCUUAUGUCAAAAAAUUGUAGUACCAACUUCUGUUUUAUUUCCCAUUGCAGGAUGCUUUGUUUUUCUUGAGGAACUUUUUCACCGAGGUCAUGGGAGAAGCUGCUAAAAAUCCGAAAGGUAGAUCAUGCUUUACCUGUUUUUCCUGUUAAGCUUGCCAGCUUUGCACGUUGCUUUUUGUAGGUAAUCCUUGAAACCUACACUGGACAACACCCCUAUCACCACAACGUAACAGCCAACCAAAAAUACAUGAAGUUUCCACAAUGUAAAGAAACAUUUCUAGUUCUAUUGGAAUAGCCAACCUUGCGAUUUCUUCUAGAAACUCAAAAGUUACAAUUAACGUGAGAGCGAAAAAAGGUAAACUGGAAUGCAAUGCGUGGCAGUACUUUUAACAUCUGAAACGUUCUCACUCGCGGAUCAACAUCAUGCACAGAAAUAAAGUGUUACUCAGAUCGCAAGCGCCCUAUCUUUGGUUAUUCCAUGUCAGUAUACGCCACAAAAGUGAAUACAUGUAGUGCUUUUCGCGCUUUCAGCUUGGUGCGAAUUAUAUAAGCUAAGUGCUAUUCACCUCCGAGCAGCCGGGUAGAAACGAAAACCUUUUAAGAAUAGAACUGGACGUUUUUUCGUUGAUUACAGAGUGUCGGAUCCGAAAACAUUGGAAUUUAUUACUGACGAUCGUCGAACAUUCGAGGUUGUUCGUGGGGUUUAACCUGACUUACCAUUUGACUUUACGAGCGUUAAUAUGCAUUCAUUGCAUGCUGCGCAAGAUUUUAGAAUUUCCGAAUCUGGAUUGACGAAAAUUAAGUAAUUUUUUGGUCUUCUAUUUGUUCACCUUGUGUGGAACAUAUACUAAAACAAUUAUUCACCCAAGAGUCAGAGUCAGUGAAAGAUAUCCACCACUAUUCACGACACCUUCUCUUCGGUGAAUGAUUGUUAAUUAUCUAAAUAACUUUUUCUUUUAGGUUCCGCUGCUGUUGAUUCUAGUCCUACCAGACCACCCCCGUCAUCUGAUUGGUUAACAGAAUCUUCUCCCGAGGAAGCAACCCUGGUGAACUCAGCCACUGGCUCCGAAUCAGAUAGUCCUGAAUCGACCCCUACAUUCUUUAGGUCGUUUAUAUUUUCUCCAGAAGUUCCCAUCAGAUUGGACUAUCAGGGCAAGAGAGUUGAUAUGGAACAGGUAGGAACGUUUUCAGCUUUAAAACUUGAUUUGUGUAGCACCCUCUGGGUUCUAGACGUCUUUGGAAUAAAGAUAUUAAGCUGGCUGCACUGAGAAACUGAGGUUCUCUUACAAAUGUUUAUUUGAUGUGGAGUGGAAAAGAGGAGGCAAUUAUUAUAUCGAUCUUUAAACGGUCACGUACCAGGUAAUUUCUUAGAAACUGGGAUUUACAGAAAAUUCCUAUUGAAAUGUCCUCUCUGUACAAGUUACUUUUUAAUCUGUAUCAGCGAGUGAUCGUUGCCCGAGUUUUCGGUUCUUAGCUUUCUCAUGCAGAAAUAAAGAGCCCAUGUGGUAUACUUCACCCUUUAACACAGGCUAUACUAUGUUUCACACAGGGAACUCUAGCUGGCUUAUUGAUAGGCCUUGGCCAGCUUAAUUGUUCCGAGCUACGUCUGAAACGCUUAUGCUGCCGUAGUGGCUUGCUGGGUAUAGACAGAGUCAUGAAUUACGCCUUAUCCGAGUGGAUGACAGAUAUAAGAGGCACUCAGUUGCCCCGGAUACUGGGCGGGGUUGGCCCUGUUCACUCGUUUCUACAGCUGUUCCAGGGAUUGGUUGACCUGGUGUGGUUACCUAUUGAUCAGUACCGCCGAGAUGGGCGUGUCAUGAGGGGACUUCAGAGAGGGGCCAAUUCCUUUACCACCUCGUCUGCUAUGGCUUUCCUUGAACUUACAAACCGAGUUGUGCAGAUGAUCCAGGUAAGGAGAGAGAUGCCGAAAAAAUACCCUACCGCACCAGCAAAUAGCCUGUUCACAGACCGUCUGUUUUAUCUUAAGAGAUCGUCUAGCGCGCAUAUGGAAAUAAAAACCGUGAGGGAUUCUUUGACAAACGAAAAACGUCUAUGGACAGGCUAACCAACGAAGGGUGUUUCUUGGUGUUGUGAAAACCAUUGUUGGUUAGCUGUUGUUUUGUGGUGUGGGUUUUGUUCAUUGUCUUUUUAGUCAUUUGUAUUUCGUCAUUUGCUGAUUGCACCCAUCCUCAACAUCAAGACACCACUAAAAAAUGAUCCUCAAAAAGUCUCGUUGUUAACGUUAUAGCCCCUAAAAUUUUCUUACCUUUUUGUCAUCAACUAACCGCAGAAAGAAUGAAACUCAUCAUUUUUAGACAUUGCACGUACAUUUGUCAGUGAUAAGUAGUACGAUUUUUUGAGUUUAGUUUGGGUCCUACUACCGUUGUGUGACCAACAGUCUUCUAGAUUAACUUCCACCUGAGCGUUUUUAUGACCAUCAGGAACCUCAGCACUGCGUGACUGUCGAUGAUUGGGCGUUUGUUUUACACCAAUGCAGAGUGUUGAUUACCCAAUGUACAAUUUAAAAAUAUAAACGACAGUCUUGAUCAGCCUGAAAUAUUUCUGUUUUGUUUGCAGGCGGCGGCCGAGACAGCUUAUGACGUAGUGAGUCCAGCCUCCCCAGCAAAGCGUGGCCAGAAUCGGUUGGCUCAACAACCCGCUGAUUUGCGGGAAGGGUUUACGAAUGCUUAUCAAGUCUUCAAAGAGGUGAGCGGCGUGUCGGUUUACUGCUGUUUUCUUAUUUUGUAUUUACUUUUGUGGCUACGAGUUUUGUGAGAGUUAGUUUUCACGAUUUCACAAGGUUUCUCAUAGGCGUCCCAAGCUCACCUUACGAAUUGCGUUACAAGCGAUCGUUAAGACGUAUGAGAAUUAUAAUACUGAGGUCUGCGAUAAUAAAUAUCUUGAUACUUUACCCUUUGAUCAAUAGACUAGAUAAAGUCGAUUUAUAUUUGAUGUAUUUGUUUGUGUUUCGGUGUGAAUUCAUUGAUUUAGUCUUCUUUUUGGCUCUAUUGCGUCCACACCAAAACCCACAGAAAUACAUCAUAUAAAUCGUCUUUAUUUAGUUAAUUGAUAAAAAGGUAAAAUAUAACGAUAGUUAUCGUUCGCAGACCUCAGUAUUUUAUUUCAUAUACAACGUCUCUACGAUCGCUUGCAACGCGAUACCGUCUCGCUCGCGUCAACCCUCGUAACGUGAGCUUGUGGCGCCUAUGAGUUUCUGGAAUGUAAUUUCCCGCUAUUUGGAGGGACCAAGUUUGGAAAAGAAGUUUUGUAUCCCAAGAAUCUCGAGAAUCUCGAUGUUUGCAAAACUGUAGACUGCAAAACAGUCCUUAUUUUUUCGUUUUCAAGUACGCGCGAGCAGUCAAACAAAAGGUCUGGAACGUGGUUGAAAACAUAGAGCGGGACCUGGGGAGAGACGCUAAAAAUACGGUUGUUUUCUCUCGCAGGGCGUGUGAGGCUCGCGCGCUUCGCGCGCGUAAGACUCUUACGGCAUGCUUUACCGAUUUCUUUACUGAUUUUGAGAAAAAAACGUACUGUUUUGCAGUUUAGCAAAACUGCGACCCGAGGGAACAGUCAUUAAAUGAUUUGUUACAUAGUCCACGAAGAAAACCUUCUACGUGUACAGUUGUAUUGUACCCUCUUGGCGGGAUACAGAUUUACUGUUAGACGUUUUGUGACCUUUUUUUUCCUUUUUUUUGUACUGUCACUUAUCUUAUAGUUUGGCGAAGUUAAAAAAAAAAUAUAUAAUAAAUGUAGUAAAACUAUUACAAGUGCAAUUUACGAGUGUAGCUUUUGUUUUUAUACCCUAAAAAUAUAGCCACACUUGUAACCUGCACCUGUCAAAGUUUUAUUUAAUUGGCUCCGGGAUAAGAGCUUUACGUCUAGGACUGAAAGCGCAAGUGAAUUCAAAUAUUAUCAGUCAUCAAGAAAGGCUCUUUAGAAGUAUUUCGCUAUUUCGCGUCAUCUGUUCUUUGACUUUUCUCUUGUCUCUCGAUCUCUAGGGACUCGGCCAAACAGCCACAAAUAUCGUGCAAGUGGCCAAGGAAGAACACGAACAGAAAGGUGUAACAGGGGCUGUUGGAGGAGUCCUUCGCCAGGUACCGGCCACUGUGGUCCAGCCCCUUAUUCUGGCUACAGAAGCCACUUCAAAUGUCUUGGGAGGGGUCCGUAAUCAAAUCCUUCCUGAUGCACGAAGAGAGGCUGCCGACAAGUGGCGAGCAACUCCCUAAUGGCAAGACCUAACUACGUAUAAGAGUAAAAUUUUUAGAGGAUUAAAAUACUACCAUAACAGCAGCACAGGAUUGUACUGCCUUUUGGAGACGUCCACCGACGGCUUUUAUAGCCAUGUUCACGUAGGGGUUUUAACUCCGCUCAGUACUACUAUGGGCGCAGUAAAACGCGCAUAGACGAGACUAUCUCCUGUUGCGUUAAGCUAUUCUUUUAAGAUUUCAUGUGAAGUUUAGUGGAGCCACACUAUACAGUGCCGAGACGAACACGUCUUUCAUGCGAGGGAACUGUCUUAAAAGCAGUAUACUCAGAGAUUCUGAACAAUUUCUACCUCUGUUUUGGGCGAAAUUGUCUGUCCAGUGUCUUUGAAGGAAAGAAGAAUUAACGAAUGAAAAAUAUAACGAAAAAUUUGAAAACAAUUUUUUCACCUCAAAGGUGGAAUAAUCCUCCCAACAGAGACAGUUUUUUGUCCCAUUGUUACAGUAGGACUGAGUUUAUGUCUUGCGUUAAGAUGUUAAGAUGCACAUGUUAUUAGUAGUAGUUUUUUACUUCUGCCUUAGACAGAGCUUUGCCUUAGGACGUAGUUAUUUGCAGUCGAGCACUUGUUAUGCCGAUACUAAAGAAGGUGUCCAGUCGCUGUGUUCUGGAGGAGUCUGUAGUCUUACUAGUGUGUAUCAUUCCGGCAGUUGUACUUAGUGGUCGAGAAUUUCGAUCAAAGGCGAAAACAUGUACUGGAAUCAUGUAACCGCUGCAGCGCCACCGUGCUUUACGGUUUGAAAUUGCUCCCGUGACAAACUUGAAUGGUAUGGGCGUGCCGUACUAAACAAUUCUACCGAUAAGGCACGCGCACCGGGCUUGAAAGUCGUACAAGUGCAUGUUGCACACCUACUUCAGUGCAAAAAGGUGUUUGUAUGAAGAAUCUCGACUGCAAAAUCAAAUAGUGUACUAUAAGUAGCCAUGUUAGCUCAUUAUUUAUAUCCACUUUGGCAGGUAUAAUUAGUAACAGGGUUAGUAAUUAAACUUCCGCUCGUGUUAUCGAAAAUUAGGGAAGAUUCAGUAACGUGUCACAACCGCGGUAAGUACAGGGGAUAUAUUUGGGUUCAGCUGUACUUGUUUGCCGUUUUAUUACUACCUGUAUCGAGUUGUGUGUGAACUGUAGGCCGAGAUAGAACACCCUUGGUAUUUUAGCUGUAGUCAGAGAUUGUAAUAUUGGAAAAUCUUUCCGUCCAGAGAGUUAGAAACGGCUUGUAGAUCAUCUUAAACUGUGACACUAUAGCUUUCACUGGAAUAGUUUGAGAACUCAAAAGGAAUAGUGGAACGGCUAUGUGAUAAAUUUCAGCAGUCAAACGUUUCACGCGGUCUUCCCGAAUAAGAAAAUGUACAGAUUUUUAAUUGUGACUAUUAUAAAUAUGUACAGAAGGUAAAGAAUGUUUUAAUGGAACUAUUGCACAGGAAUUUUCACGUGUAUAAUAUUCCUCUUCUGUCAGUAAUGUUGGGGGAAAUGUAGACAUCAAGAGUUUAAUAAACUAUUUUAUUU